CAGCCCCUUCCCAGCAUGGGACUGCUGGAGCUGUGUGAACAGGUGUUUGGUUCCGCCGACCUUUACCGAGUGCUGGGCGUGCGGCGUGAGGCGUCGGACGGAGAGGUCCGGCGCGGUUAUCACAAGGUGUCCCUGCAGGUGCAUCCCGACCGGGUGGACGAGAGCCGCAAGGAGGACGCCAUCCGCCGUUUCCAGAUCUUGGGGAGAGUCUACACCGUUCUCAGCGACAAGGAGCAGAGAGCCGUGUACGAUGAGCAGGGAGCCGUGGAGGAGGACUCAGCCAGGCUCAGUCAGGACCGCAACUGGGAGGCAUAUUGGAGGUUGCUUUUUAAAAAGAUAUCUCUAGAGGACAUUCAAGCAUUCGAGAAGACUUACAAAGGUUCCGAAGAAGAGCUGGCUGAUAUUAAACAGGCCUAUCUGGACUUCAAGGGAGACAUGGAUCAGAUCAUGGAGUACGUGCUUUGUGUGCAGUACACAGAAGAAUCCAGGGCCAGAAACAUCAUUCAGCAAGCUAGCGAUGCAGGAGAGAUCCCCUCCUAUAAAGCCUUUGUCAAAGAAUCAAAACAAAAGAUGAAUGCCAGGAAGAGGAGGGCUGAGGAAGAGGCUAAAGAAGCAGAAAAGAGCAGAAAAGAACUAGGGCUUGAAGAAGGAAUAGAUAAUUUGAAAGCAGUCAUUCAGAACAGACAAAUGGAUCGGCAAAAAGAAAUGGACAAUUUUCUGGCUUAGAUG